AUGAUCAAACUUUACCACACUCAUGAACUUCACCCAAAUCAAUGCUCUUCAAUUCUAGUCCAAACAAUCGAUGCACCUCUUCCCUUAGUAUGGUCUUUGGUCAGAAAAUUCGACAAGCCACAACGCUACAAGAAUUUCAUCAGCGGCUGCACUCUACUUUCUGGUGACGGUGGUGUUGGUAGUAUAAGGGAAGUCACCUUAGUUUCUGGAUUUCCUGGUAAAAAAAGCAUAGAAGGGUUCGAUUUUCUUGAUGAUGAUAUGCAUGUGAGUGUGUUAAGUGUUGUUGAUGCGGAUCAUACUUUCUUGAAUUUCAAAUCUACUAUCACUUUGCAUGAGGAUAAAGAAGAAGAUGAUCAUGGGCUAAAGAAAUAUACAAGUAAGACAGUGGCUAUUGAGUCUUAUGUAGUGGAUAUUCCUGAAAAUAGUUGUAAAGAGGAUACGUGUGAGGUGACUGAUAAUAUCUUGAGAUGGAACCUUAGAUCUUUGGCCUGGGUUGCUGAAAAUAUGGCUACUUCUGGAGUUUCUUCCUUGGAGUUGAGCAAAACUAAAAUUGCCUGUUAG